GGCUUCCGACGACGCGCGACGGCCGACGGCGCGCGAAUCGAGCCUGAGAACACGUAAAUCGUUUGAACUUGUAUCGGGGUAAUACCUGCGUAAGGACUGAGCCGGCGAACGACGCGCGAGGGGUCGCGCGAACGACGAGGACGCGGGGGUUAGGGCAAAUCCCGGAGAAACGACGAUGGCGAACUACGGGUGGUUGUACGCGCUGAUAUCGCUGUACGGGGUCGCGUCCGGCGCGGCGGCGACGUUCGCGCACCGGCGAAAUAAGGCGGCGGCGAACGACGCUGGGGACGCGAUGCGGAACCACUUCGGCGGCGGGAAGGGACUCGGCGGCGUCGCGCUGUUUUUUACGCUCUCGGCGUCGCUGUUUUCGGCGUAUUCCGUGGAAGGGAUCGCGUGGGAGGCGUGGUUUAAGGGAUGGUUCGCCACGCGAUGGAUUCCAGCGGGCGUCGGGGUGUACAUGGGAUUUUUGAUCAUGGCGCCGCGACUGAACGCGCUCGGAAAAUUGCGAGGGUAUCUCACGCUGAGCGAAGUCGUCUACGACAGGUUCAGCGCGCCGAAUUCUCGGCAUCAACUCACGGCGCACGCGCUGCGAGUGAUCACCUGGGGGUGUUUGUUGCUUCCAAUCUUCUGCUACCAAAUUUCGCAGUUUGUGUCGAUGGGUAAAAUCGUCGAGGCGUUCACCGCCGGCGCCAUCUCGGAGACGGGCGGGGUGUUGAUCUUUGCCUUGAUCAUGAUCGCCGUCGAGGCCGUCGGUGGUCUUCGUGCGGUGGCGUAUACGGACAUCAUUCAAGGAUGCAUGCUCAUCGUCGGUUCGCUGAUCUUCUUCAUCGCGAGCGGGGUGGAAUUCGGUGGAUUGUCGCGAGCGAAGGAUUACUUCGCCGCGGCGUCACCCCCCAAGUUUCAAACCAUUCCCAAAACGGACGGGUCUUGGUCCAUCAUAUCGUACACCUCGUUCACGCUUCGCGUGUCCGUCGCGGCGACGAUGUUUCCGCACCUCGCCAUGCGAUUGUUCGUCGCGAAGGAUCGUAAAAUGCUCCAACGCGGUUUGGCGGGGAUGAACUUUACCUUUUUCUGGGUCCAACUCUCCACCAUGAUCGCCGGUUGGACCGCGGUGUACGCCCUGCGUGAUGUCGCCACUGUGGCGGACAUCGGAAAUCAACAAUCAAUCUUUGGAAAACUCGCACUCCAGCUGAAGAACGCUUCGGCGUUCGGGGACUUCUCCGCGUCGCUCUUGGUUCUCGCCGCCUUCGCGGCGAUGAUAUCCACCGCCGACUCUGGUUUGCUCGCCUUCAGUACGAUGUUUGUGCGCGACAUUUACCAGCCCUACGUUCAAAAAGUGUUCCCAAAAGCGCGUGUCGAUGGAAACGCGCUGAAAAUCGUUGGAUUGGUGUCCUCCCUCGCCGCUCUCGGUGUCGGUUUGGGGCUGUCCAUCGUCAACCUCCGCGAAGGCAAACCCGACAUCACUGGGUUGUUCUCCAUUCAAACCGUCACCCCGAUUCACGCCGUUCCAGCAGUAUGGGGUGGGAUCCACCUUCACUGGCUCUCCGGCGAAGCCGUCCUAGCCGGUAUCGUGGCUGGUGUCAUCUCCGGCUUGGUCAUGGUUCUGGACACCGAGUUCAACGUCAAGCGGAACCUCGGCCUCGAUGAACACUCCACGGGGUGGAACACCGCAUGCUUUGCGUUUUUGAUAAACGUCGGCGUCGUCAUUCUCGUCACACUCUUGGAAAAGUUUGUCGUCCCCGCCGCGAAAUCCGCGGCGACCGCGCAAACGAACACGCUGUUCAUCGGUAAAAAAGUGGACAAGAUGCUCUCCAACCCGAUCCCGUGGUUCUUCAUGAUUUUCACCUUGCUCGCGGCGUGUCCGUUCUGGUACAAGCCCGGGAGUCAAGUGAAAUACGUCGGCGACAUGGCGGCGUGGGGGUUUACGAGCUUGUUCUUUUCCUUCAUCCUCGCGCUUCAAGUAUCGGCGAUGUACAUGUAUCGCUGGGAAGAUUUCGUCCCCGAAGGCGAAGACGAGAAAUCCGUCGACAAGGCGGGUCAGGUGUGAUGCGCCUUGAGCGUGAUUCGGCUAG